AUGCAGCGUCUUGUGAUCGGCCUCCUGGGAUGGGCCUGCAUUGCCCUUGGGCUUGUGUCUGCGCAGGGCGUGGUGCCGGGCAAGGUGUUUGACCGUUUUAUCACCAUUUGGCUGGAGAAUCGGGACUAUGCCGACGUCUCAAUCGACAACAGCAUCGCCGACCUGAAAAGGCACGGCAUCCUACUGACCCGGUACUACGCCCAAACCCACCCGAGCCAGCCAAACUACCUCGCCGCCAUCGCCGGCGAGUAUUUUGGCCUGAACCACGACGACUGGGUCCGCCUACCCGAAAAUGUCACGACCCUCGUCGACCUGCUAGAGGACAAGGGCAUAUCAUGGGCCGGCUUCUUCGAGGACAUACCUAGCCCGGGCUACAUGGGCAAUCAUAGUGAUGGAUCGACGGGGACCGACGGAUGGGACUAUGUCAGGAAACACAAUCCCUUCGUGACCUACGACAGCAUCACCAACAACGGCGAGCGUCUGCUCCGGCUCGACUCCUUCAACGUUUUCCAGCGCGCAUUCGCCGCCAAGGAGGUACCGCAAUACGUCUUCAUGACGCCCAACAUGAUGAACGACGGCCACAACACCACCCUCGACUUCGCAACGAAAUGGUCGCACAAGUUCCUCCAGCCGCUGCUCGCCGACAAAGCCUUCGACGAACGCACCCUGAUCGCGCUCACCUACGACGAGUCCGAGUCCUACGACAAGCCGAACCACAUCGUCACCCUGCUCCUCGGCAGCGCCAUCCCCCCGGCCCUCAAGGGCACCAAGGACAACACCCUCUACACCCACUACAGCAUGCUGUCGACGCUGCAGGCGAACUGGGGGCUGCACAACCUCGGCCGGUAUGACGUCGGCGCGAACGUAUUCAAGUUUGUUGCGGACCGCGUGGGGUACACAGGCAACAAGGACCCGGAGAAUCUUUUGGCCAUCAACAAUUCGGUCUCAUACCCGGGCUUGCUGAACGACGACCCAUCGGUGCGACUGCCCAUCCCGGCGCCGAACCUGAAAUUGGUCGGUGCUGGGGGACUGGGCAUCCUGCCGGCUAUUGCGGCGACGUGGAGUAAGGACGAGACGCGGCAGACACCGUAUGACGGUAGUGGGAGAGUGUGUGAUGGGGAACGGAACCCGCCGAUAUACAACAAGGUCGCGGGCGGUCCACCAUGA